UGUGUGAAAUGCACACGGUCGAUUAUUUUGAAACCUUAGUGUUAUAAUAUCAUUACAUUUACAACAAAAACCUAAACCAUGACGUGAAUACUUUCGAUAAAUUAAAUGAAGCUCCUCCGCUUAUAAAUCAGUAUUUUUUAUGUUUAAGUGAAGUAAAGUCGUGAAAAUGAUCAAUUACAAGUACUUGAGUAAAGACCACUUGGAGGGUUUCGAUAAUUAUAAGUAUAUGGCGAUAGACACAAGCCCCCUCAGUGUCUAUGUAAUGCACCCAUUUUGGAAUAAAGUGGUUGAGUUGGUACCCCGCUGGGUGGCCCCGAACCUGCUCACAUUCCUGGGGUUCCUUCUCACCGUGCUCGACUUCGUUCUUCUCUCGUGGUACGACUACUCGUACACGGCCGCCAGCGCCAGGAACGAGACCAUAGUGGAGUUGGGCGAGCGGCCUGAGGUCAUACCGCAGACGUUGUGGUACUUCCUAGCGGUGUUCCUGUUCCUUGCGUAUACGCUAGAUGGUAUCGACGGCAAGCAGGCGCGCCGCACGCAGACCUCGGGCCCGUUAGGGGAGCUGUUCGACCACGGGCUGGACUCCUACUCGGUAUUCUUCAUCCCGGCCUGCCUCUACUCCAUUUUCGGAUGUAUGGACUACUCUGUCAAGCCUAUUAGAAUGUACUACAUAAUGUGGAACAUACUCCUCAAUUUCUACCUCAGCCACUGGGAGAAGUACAACACGGGCGUGCUGUUCCUGCCGUGGGGAUACGAUUUCAGCAUGUGGGCGUCAACAAUAUUCUUCCUGUGGACAGGACACGCGGGCACGGCCUGGUACAAGCGCUACCUAGUGGGCGGGUACACACUCGCUGAUGGGUUCGAGUGGCUGGUAUACGCCACCGGCGUCUUCACCAACCUGCCCGUGGCGCUCUACAACACGUAUCAAUCAUACAAGCUGCGGACGGGCAAGAUGCGCUCAUUCACCGAAGCUCUCCGACCACUCUGGUCCCUACUGACAGUAUUCACAGUGUGCAGCGUGUGGGUGCACUAUUCACAACGGCUGCCGGACCACGACCCCAGGAUGCUGUUCCUGCUCAUUGGGACGCUGUUCAGCAAUGUCGCUUGUCGCCUAAUAGUCAGUCAGAUGUCCAACCAGCGCUGCGACGCCGUCAACUGGCUUCUAUAUCCACUGGUGUUGUGCGCCUCGGUGGGACUCAUGUUACCACAACAUGAGCUGACUGCGUUCUACGGCGUCACUGUGCUGGCUGUGUUGGCGCACAUACAUUAUGGAGCGUGUGUGGUGCAGCAGAUGUGCGCCCACUUCCGAAUAAACUGCUUCCAUAUAAAGAAGCGCGACGAUUGACUCUUAGACGACAAUGCGUGUUAGUAACAACAUCACACGACAUACAUAUCCAUUACAACACUUGAACACUACUCCAAUUGUUCAGU